AUGAUUGUCUUAUGCGGUAUGCUGGCCUACACACAACGCCGUCCUGUUGGUGGUGUGUUGUUGGGCUUGGUAGGUAUUCUUCGAACCUUUACGUGCGGUGGCUGGAUCUACGUCACAUCCACGGACCAUGCUCUCGUGCAUGAUGUCAUGAUGGGUUUGUAUUUGGCCUUUACUCCGUUCUGGAUGGCACUGUGCUUGACCAAGCUCGCGCCGGCCCCUGGCUCGCCCCUCGAAAAGGCCCAUCGCCAAGCACAGAGGGUGCGUAGCAUCGCUGCGUUCCUAUUCUAUGCAUGUACGCCUUUUAUGGUCCAUUUCUAUUUGAAGCACCGCCGUGAUCGCAUUCCCGGUAUGUACACGUACUAUUCGAUGUUGGAGUGGACGUUGGUAUUGCUGGACUUGGUAUUUGAUACGGCUAGUGCAUUGGACCUGCAGACCUUCCAGAUCCGUAUUGAUUCUGAGGCGCCCGUGGACGAGGUAGCAGCGCCUGCGUCGUCCACGCCCUCUAUGUUCUGGUGGGUCGCCUCUCAAUCGUUCCUGGCCUUUACGGGAUGGUCGGCGCUUUUCUCGCUAAUUUCGAUCAUUUUCUACUUUAGUGUGUACAAUAUGGCGGCGGAGGGAUUGGAGUUGUUGGUGUUAGCGCAGUGCUUGGGCCUUGUCCUUGUGGCUAUCACCCCGUUGGAGCGCUUGUUCCACGGAAAUCAACCUUACUCGAUUCAGCUUACCUGCCGUUGGCGCCAUGCGCUACUCUGGCUUGUCUCGUUUGCUACGGUGGCAUCGUACAUGGUGAAAAGCCCGCUGGUGCGCUUGGUCGUCUGUGCGAUUUCCUGUGCAGUUGUGGCGCUGGUCAGUACGCUGGAGUGGUCGCAUGCCUGGGAAGCUGGGCGCCUGCCUGAGUCGGUGGCGACGUGGCUUGUGGGUCUCAUCGCAGCGUUGGUCUCGCGGUACGGCAACCAUGCGAAUAUCCCCAUCUGGCCGUACCUGGACGAGACCAAUGGCGGUUUGCAUGUACCUGCGCUCCUUCUCGGUGCCAUGUGUCUGCUCCCCAUUGUGCUGCCCUCGAUGAAUCGCAGUUCUGCUCCUUCGUUUGUGCGUCGUACAUCUCCACCGCAGGGCAUGAUUCAUUUCAUCUUGGCGGCGAUGGGUAUGGGCGCAUGGCUCUGUGAGCUGCAGACACUGCUGAGCGAUGCCGGUACCUUGAUUGCGUUUAGCUGGACAGGCUACCCUAUCCGUGGCCCGCAGGCUGUGAUGCAUGGCGUACUGGUGAUUGCCGGUAUGGCCGUGAGCAUUGCCCUCUCGUUGUCCUUCCCACAGAUCGGCGCUAGUGUGGUCACGAUGGGCUUGCAUGCUGUUGGCUCGUACGUGGCAUACGUGUACGACGACUGGGCGAGUUUUGGCGGCGGUAUGCUAAUUGCGUUGACGCUGCCUGCCAUGGCGAUUCCGCUCCUGCAGAGCGCGAUGAGUCACCAUCCCAUCCGUAUCAUGGCGCUGGCAUGGCUGGUGGCCACGCUGCUGGCCUUCUUGGGCGUGCUGACAACGGCAUAUGCGUUCCUGCCGGGGGCUAUGAUUAUGCGUGAGCAUACGGGUGUGAUGAUGGGCGUGUACAAUGCUAUUCUCAUUGCUGCGUUGGCGAGCGCUCGGAGCCCGCAUGUACGUACGCGCCUCGUUCGGCCUAGUGGCGAGCGUGCACGUCGCGUGAAAGGCGCAGUGCAUAUGCUUCUCUCGCUUCUUGUCGGCGUGGCCAUGGUCAUUUCGAUUGUGCGGCGGGUGGAUCCUACGACGAUCGCGCCGCAUUUCCCGCAGGAGCGUGUGCUGACCGCGGGCAUUUGGACGGUGCACUUUGGCUUUGAUCAGCACAUGCGCGAUAGCUCACGGCGUAUGAGCCGUCUUCUUAAGGAGCUCAAGAUGGAUGUGAUUGGACUGCUGGAGACGGACUUGCAGCGCCCUGCGUUUGGCAAUCGCGACUUGACGCAGUGGCUCGCACAAGAGCUGAAUAUGUAUGCGGAUCUAGGCCCGAGUCCCAAGAAGCACACAUGGGGCGCCGUGCUGCUGUCCAAGUUCCCGAUCAUCAACAGUACGCACCACCUUCUGCCCUCACCGCAUGGCGAGCUAGCGCCAGCGAUCCAUGCCGUGCUGGAUGUGUUCGGCGUGCCGACGCAUGUGAUUGUCUCGCACAAUGGCCAGGAAGAAGAUCCACUGGACCGCGAAUUGCAGACCACGGAAAUUGCACGGAUUCUGCGCGAAGCGUACCCGCACCCUGCGAUCUUCCUGGGCUACGUGGUGACCAAGCCCCAUGCGCCUCGUCCUGCACCGUACCAAAUCCUGUUUGAGGACGGCAAAAUGCUCGACGUCGAUCCGUCCGACAACGAUCGCUGGUGCCAGUACCUUGGCUUCCGUGGGCUGGAACGUGUAGGCUAUGCACGUGUCUCGCGCUUCGAUGUCACGGACACCGAGCUGCAAACAUUCAAGCUGCAUAUGCCUUGGAUGACAUGGCGCUUGGAUCCCGAUCACGAUGCACGCCAUGCACGCCUGCCCGAGAUGCAGCCACCGACGGCGCCAUGGGCGUACCCGUUAUCGCUGAUCAAGCCGGAUGGAUGGAUGAACGAGACGCAUAUGUAUGCACCCUACGUGUUCCCACAGUACUUUGACCGGCCACGUAGUGACGCUUCGUCGUAG